GAGGUUACACUCUGGGAUCCUGGCCAUGAGGUUGAUGCCUCACCUUGCUGAAAAGAGACUCUGGACCGAAAUGGCGCAGCAUGACUUUGUUCCUGCUUGGCUAAAUUUUUCAACACUACAGGCAGUUAAGUCACCUACAGCCACCUUUGAAAAACACGGAGAGCACCUACCCCGAGGAGAUGGUAGAUUUGGAGUAAGCCGUCAUCGACAUAAUUUCUCUGAUGGCUUUUUUAACAAUGGACCUCUACGAACUACAGGAGAUUCCUGGCACCAGCCCUCCCUGUUUCGCCAUGAUUCUGUGGACUUGGGUGUCUCUAAGGGAGCAUAUGCUGGAAUCACAGGAAACCUAUCUGGUUGGCAUGGCUCUUCCCGUGGUCAUGAUGGCAUGAGCCAGCGUAGUGGGGGUGGCGCAGGAAACCAUCGCCACUGGAAUGGCAGCUUUCACUCCAGGACAGGCUGUGCCUUUCAGGAAAAGCCACCUGCAGAGAUUAGGGAAGAAAGGAAAGAAGACAAGGUGGAAAAGUUUCAGUUUGAAGAGGAAGACUUCCCUUCUUUGAAUCCAGAAGCUGGCAAACAGAAUCAGCCAUGCAGACCUAUUGGGACCCCUUCUGGAGUGUGGGAAAACCCACCUGGUGCCAAACAACCCUCCAAAAUGCUAGUUACCAAAAAAGUUUCCAAAGAAGAGCCUGCUGCUGCCUUCUCUGCUGCAUUCACCUCACCAGGAUCUCACUAUGCAAAUGGGAACAAAUUGUCCAACAUGGUUCCAAGUGUCUAUAAGAACCUGGUUCCUAAGCCUGCACCACCUCCCUCCAAGCCCAGUGCCUGGAAAGCUAACAGAAUGGAACACAAAUCAGGGUCACUUUCCUCUAGCCGGAAGUCUGCUUUUACCAGUCCAAUCUCUGUUACCAAACCAGUAGUACUGGCUGGUGGUGCAGUUUUAAGCUCUCCCAAAGAGAGUCCUUCUAGCACCACUCCUCCCAUUGAGAUCAGCUCCUCUCGUCUGACCAAGUUGACCCGCCGAACCACCGACAGGAAAAGGGAGUUUCUGAAGACUCUGAAGGAUGACCGGAAUGGAGACUUCUCAGAGAACAGAGACUGUGACAAGCUGGAGGAUUUGGAGGACAACAGCACACCUGAACCAAAGGAAAAUGGAGAGGAAGGCUGUCAUCAGAAUGGUCUCCCUCUCCCUGUAGAGGAGGAAGGGGAGGUCCUCUCACACUCACUGGAGGCAGAGCACAGGUUAUUGGAAGCAAUGGGAUGGCAGAAGUAUCCUGAAAAUGACGAGAAUUACCUUCCCCUCACAGAGGAUGAGCUUAAAGAGUUCCAUAUGAAGACAGAGCAGCGGAGAAGAAGUGGCUUUGGGAAGAAUGGCUUCUUGCAAAGCCGCACUUCUAGCAUGUUCUCCUCUUGGAGAAGCACGUGCAAAGCAGAGUUUGAGAAUUCAGACACAGAAACCAGUAGCAGUGAAACAUCAGAUGACGAUGCCUGGAUGUAGGCACAUAAAUGUUCACAGUUAAAUCUGACCCAUAAACUCAGCUUGUGUGCUUACGGAGAAUACAAAAAAAUCUUUUCCUUUUCUUAUGUUGUUGUUGAAUAUUUCAUGCACAAGGGAAAUAAUCAUAUCCCAAAGAGAGAGUGAUUGACUUGUUUAGCUUUUGUUGUUUUUAUUUCCUGUUACUUGCUUAGUAGAGAAAAGUUGUGUGGUGAGAAAUAUUUUUAAAAUACACACACAGUAUAUAUGGGGCGAUGCACAAGUGGGAGCUGACAGUGCAGAGAGGAGGAGACACUGGUCUGCAGCAAUAGCUUCCACCAGCCCUUGGAGCACUCACCCCAGUGCUCAAGCAAUCAUUGUCAAUGACAAAGUGACUAUUGAAGUUAUAAUUGUAUUAAAU